AUGUUGACAAUGAUCCUGACAAAAACAGCAAAAAAAAUGAAAAAUGACACUAUGACAAAUAUAACCGCACCGAAAUCUGCAGAUUCAUCAUCGCUGAAUACACCAGUAACUAAUAUUUCAUCUGGUAGUGCCACUACCACAUUUAAUUUAGAUAUAGCAAACUUUUUAAAAGAAUCUAAAAUUAGUAUAACUGACCAUGACCGUGCUUGA